CAGUCCAAAUAGCCAUUUAACAUAACAUAAUACGCUGCCAAAAAAUGCAAAACAAUGAAGAUAAAUAGAAGCCAAGACGAAAACAAGUCCAACGUAAAAUAAUUAAUUAACUCAUUUGGGCCUGUUCGUUGCUUUGCCGUGGGCCGUGGGCCGCAAUGGAGGACAACGGCAGCAUGUGUAAAAGUGUGAAGUUUGCAGCCGAAUCUGUUGUUCCCGAGACAUCGACGGCAGCCAAUGCAGCCAGCACAUCUGCCAGCAAUGGCAAGGGUGUGCAGUUCAAGUUGGCAGCCGUGGCCGAGCCCGAGGAGCUGCUCGGCUCGGUGACGACACAAAAUUGCCCGGGCACCCGAGCGAGCGCGCGCGUCAUACAGAAGAUGAAGUUGGAUCUGACGCGUCCGAUGACACCGCCGCCGGUGGAGCGUGAGCACAGCAAGAAGGAGGAGAAGGCCGCCCAGAAGACGCCAUCGCAGCUGCGGGCGGCCAGCAAAACGACCUGGACAAAUCUGGAACGCAACUGUUUCUUCGAUGCGCUCAACGAGUUUGGCAAAGAUUUCGAGGCGGUGGCCAAUUGCAUCAAUGCCAAGCUGAAGCGUCGCAACUCCAGCAGCGACUAUAGCUUCAAGACCAAGGACCAGGUGCGCCAGCAUUACUAUCAGACAUAUCACAAGAUUGGCAAAUAUGUGCGCUUCACCGAUGAGCUCAAGAAGCCCGCCCAGGAGCUCUACACGCUCAUCAACUAUGGCGAGAUGAGGCGCAAGCUGCAGUUCCUCACGGAGAAGCACUUCAUGAAGCUGAAGCAACUUAUCUACCAGGGCCACAUCACGGUGCGCAGCAAGGGCAAGAAUAUACGCAUCAAGACGCCCUCGUGUAAGGCGCUGCGACGCCUUAAUCAGCUGGACGACACAUUGGAGGACAUUCGCCUGCCCAGCAAGAUCGAAGUGCUGGUCAGUCCGGCGAACAUGGAGGCCUUUGGCCGUGUCCAGGCGCUCGCCCAGAAUCCACGCGGACGAGCCAUUGUGCCGCUGCACAAGAAGCUCAUCACGUUCAUCAAGACGUUUCAGUACAAAUGGCGCAGUCCGGACGCCCGCCUGGCGGAGCAGCAUCUCCAAUCGAGCAGCGCUACUGCCGCCACUACCAGCACCCCAGGCGUGCCCAUACACCGGCCGCUGCUCAGCAUUACGGCGUACUUGAGCAGCGUCAACAUCUGCCUGGGCGCCUACGAGGAGCGUCUGGGCGUCAAGGUGCGCAGCGAGACCCUGGACAGCACCGCAGCUGCUGCAGCGGCAAGCGCCAAGCGGGCACGCACCGAGAGCGGCUCGGAGAAGCGUUCGCCAGAGACGAAGAAGCUGAAGCCGCAGUCCAGUCCGGCGCACGACAAGUCCAUGGACGAACUGGCCGAGGCGAGCAAUCAGGUAAAGCUAGAGAGCAGCAGCGGCGACGAGCUGAGCGAGGAGAUCAACGAUUUGCUCACAUCCACAAGUGCUGGCGGUACAGCUGAGUCAGCCGAGAUAGCUGCUCCGCCGCCGCCCGCACCGCCAGCCCCAGCACCAGCUCCAGCUCCGGCUCCGGCUCCGUCACGAGCCAAACGCAGCGAUGGCCCCGGCGCUGGCGGCGGCAAGGGCGCCAGGGCAGCGGCUGCAGCGCGCAACUUCAAGCCGCUGCUCAGCGACGACGUGAUCAAGCGCAUACGCCGCGGCUGGACGAUAGCGAACUCGGCGGACAUCACCAUCGGGGAUCUGUACGUGGUGCUGGGCCAGGACUCCAAGCUGGAGCUCGAGUAUUACUGGUGUGAGCCGGAGGUGGGCACGUCGAGCAGCGCCACAGGCGUCAGCGCCUCGACGUCCACGUCCUCCUCGUCGUCAGCUUCGACAUCGCUGCCCUACAAUGCCAACGACUGUGAUAGCGUGGAGCGCGUCAAGGCCAUCAAUACGGCGUCGGUGAGCAACAAGCUGAAGCAUCUGCUGCUCGUCGCCAAUCUCAGCGAGCGUGUGCGCAAGCGCCAGUGCAGCUGCGGCCACAGCUGCGAUCGCAAGCGCGAUCUCAUCACGAAGGCACGCUGGAUGAGCAAUCUGGGCGGCUCUGGGCCCGGAGCGGCAGCAGGCGGUGCAGCUGCGGCAGCCAGCGCCAACCCUGGCGAUGGCAAUGAGGUUGUCUUUCGCACGCCCAUGCUGCCAGUGCGUCGGCCCAUGGUCAACAUCAUUGAUCCAGUGCGUCAGCUGAGCAAGCUGUCGCGCCAGAAGCUCUCACGGCAGGUGCUGGUGCAGCGUUGCCUCCUGCCGCCCUCCUCGGUGGAUCAGCCGUACGAUGUGCUCAGUCUGCGGAAUCUGCAGAACGGACUCUUCGAGCCCAUCGACCGCGUCAGCAGCAGCAGCAACGCAAACGACAACGAUGAGAUCAACGCUGUGAUAUCCAAGCUGAAUGCAAUCAGCAGCAGCAACGCCAGGCAGCAGCGGGCAGAGGCCGAGGAUCGCAACAGCAGCAGCAGCAGCAGCAACAGCAACAGUACCAGCGGCAGCGGCGAUGGCGACGCCAAUAAUAGCCAUAACAACAACAACUACUACAACAGCAUGGAAUGCAGCGGCUCGGGCGUCAGCGGCCUGGACAUGCCCAACUUGGACUUUUGCGCAGAGCCAACAGCACUGCCAGCCACAAGCACAACACUGCCCGAGGAUGUGCAGGACGAAAGCACCUCUCAAAGCUUCUUCAAUGGCAGCGUCAGUCCGAUGCAUUUGCUGCGCGACUCCACGUCCAAUGCACGCUGGCUGGAGGAGAAUAUCAAUGACUUUUCGCUGACCAGUUUGCUGGGGCAUCUGGAUGAUUUUGAUGCCACGCGCGAUAUACUGGAUCCUUCGUCUACGAUGUCGGUGAUCAGUGAGAGCAGCGUGGAUUAUCGUCACAAGUUUCAGGAGAUUUCGGCUUUGCUGCAGCAGCAGGAGAAGGAUUAACACACUGGAAAUUGGCCUCUAGAUCUUCUAGGGAUUAACACACACACACACACACACACACACUACGUUGGCGUUCUUGAAUUUGAUUUGUUUUCGUAUUACUAUCAAUUAGAGCAAAGAAUAUGCUAUUCCAAAACAGAAAAGGAAAUUAAUUCUAA